AUGUCUUCCACCGUUAAAGCUGCCACUUGGAGAUUUGUCGAAGUCGGACGUGUUGUUUUAGUUGACAACAAAGAAUUAGCCACUGUUGUUGAAAUUAUUGAUCAAAAAAGAGCUUUGAUUGAUGGUCCAAAAAUCCAAAGACAAGCUGUCUCUUUAGCUAAAGUUGUUCUUACCCCAAUUGUUUUACCAAACUUACCAAGAGGUGCUAGAACUGCCACCGUUACUAAAAAAUGGGCUGCUGCUGAUAUUGAUGCCAAAUGGGCUGCUUCUGGUUGGGCUAAAAAAUUGGCUAACAAAGAAAGAAGAUCCCAAUUAUCUGACUUUGAAAGAUUCCAAGUUAUGGUCUUGAAGAAACAAAGAAGAUUUGCUACUAAAAAAGCCUUAGUUAAAGCUUAA